AUGGCCUCCGUCGUCUCAGAAGCAGCCGCCCUCAUCGAGGCGGCCAAGCGCGCCGCCUGCCGGCAGGCCGUGGCCGAGAACUUCCAGCCCACCUUCAAGUACGUCGGCAUCGGCAGCGGCAGCACAGUCGCCUACGUAGUAGAAGCCAUCGCCGAGAAGGGCAAGUCCGUGACUUCCACCAUGAAGUUCAUACCAACAGGCUCGGGCUCCACAAACCUGAUCCGUGACGCCGGGCUCACCGUACUCCAAGUGCCGGACCUGCUCGCCGAGGUGGGCUUCACACCGGGCGCCAGCAAACAGCACAUCGACAUCUACUUCGACGGCGCGGACGAGGUCGACAGCGAGCUGAACUGCAUCAAGGGCGGCGGCGCGUGCCUCUUCCAAGAGAAAGUCGUCUCGCGGCUGUCCAAAAAAUUCAUCUGCGUCGCCGACUCGCGCAAGAAGGCCGACGCCCUGCUGACCAAGUGGGCGUACGUGCCGGUCGAGGUGGCGCCCGCGGCCGCCGAGCUGGUCCGCCAGACCCUCGUCGACCUCGGCAGCCGCGAGCCCGUCGUGCGCAUCGCCGGCCCCACGUACACCUACGCCAUCACCGACAACCACAACUACAUCAUCGACGCGCCCUUCCCGCCGCUGCUGCUCAACGCCCAGGCCGACCGGAUCGACCCCGCCCUGGGCCGCUGGACCCCCGACGCCCUGGCCGCCAAGAUCCGCGCCGUGCUCGGCGUGCUCGAGGUCGGCAUCUUCUCCGGCAUGACCGGUCCCCAGGCCGCGGCUGAGGGUCCCGCCGCCGAGGGCGUGAAGCCCGUUAAGGUCUACUUUGGCAAAGCGGACGGGGGUUAUGAGACGAUGGAGUGA